CAAAAGGAACCACCAAUAGCAUAGAGAACAAUCACUCAGAAAUCAAAAUGGCAACUUCAUCAUCUACCAUACUAUCAUCUUCCUUCCUUCCUGCUGGGAUUUUAACAGCAAGCCAUCCAACCCAGAAACUCUGUAUUUUCUCAAAUGGGACUGUGCAUCGCACAGCCUCUACAAAACGUGCUGCCUUCAGCGUUCGAGCUGCCAAGCUUCCUCCUGGAGUAUGUUCUUUGCUUACUUUGUCAGUGGUGGUGCCAAAAAAGGAGCCAAAGUUUGAGGCCCCUUUUCUUGGGUUCACCAGGACUGCAGAAAUAUGGAACUCUAGAGCUUGUAUGAUUGGACUUAUUGGAACCUUCAUUGUAGAAUUGAUAUUGAACAAGGGGAUACUGCAGCUGAUUGGAGUGGAAAUUGGAAAAGGUCUUGAUCUUCCUCUGUGAUCAUUCAACAUGGGUAUAAGUAACAUUGAUCGAAAGCAUUUUUGUAAUUCAUCUGAAGUGGGCAUACACUUUUUUGUACCUGGAGUAGUUUGGUGUGCGGACUCUUGUAAUGUAUCAAACUUUGAUAUAACAGUUGAAACGAGCUCCUUUGACCUCUAGUGUCAAACUGUCA